AUGGUUGUUGGACCAGUGGUCAAGCCCAAGAUCGUCAAGAAGUACAGAGGUCACUUCAAAAGAUUCGACUCGAACAGAUUUCUCCGUGUGAAGCCCUCGUGGAGACACCCAAGAGGUAUUGAUAACAGAAUGAGAAGAAGAUACAAAGGCACUGGCCCAAUGCCACGUAUCGGCUAUGGAAGUGACAAAAAGACUAGAUUCAUGCUCCCCUGCGGAAUGUUCAAAUUCACUGUCCACAACACAACAGAACUCGAGAUGAUCAUGAUGCAAAACAGAACCUAUGCUGCUGAGAUUCACCACGCCGUUUCCGCCAAGAAGAGAAUGGAAAUCGUCGCCAGAGCUAAGGUGUUGAAUAUUAGAGUCCUCAACGGUGAUGCUAGAAUCAAGAAACAAGAAGUUGCCAAGUGA